AUGGCUCACUCACAAUCUGGUUCAAAACGACGCCAUUUAGACUCAAGUUCGUCCGAUGACGCUGAUACUCUUCCACCUGAUCCCUGGGCUCGAUUCCUUGUGAUCGAAGCCACAGAUCAUGAACCGCUAAAGCUGAAUCCCUUUGCUAUAUCCAAAGCCAUUCAUGGAUAUUGUGGAGAAGUUAAAAAUGUCACACGAUUGCGUACUGGAUCUCUUCUGGUGGAAUGUUCGUGGAAACAACAAUCCCUCAAUUUAUUAUCAAUUAAACACUUUGCUAAUGUUGAGGUUACUGUUUCAAAGCAUAGGACAUUGAACUCUUGUCGUGGCAUUGUUCGCGACAGGACACGCUCCCUUUCAGACAUGACGGAAGAUGAAAUUGUUUCAGAACUCAAAUAUCAAGGAGUACAAGCCGUCAAACGUUUCACCCGAAAGGAUGAAAAAUCAAAUAUUGUCCUAACGAACACAUAUUUGUUCACGUUUGCUUGUCCAUCAGUUCCAACUUCAAUUAAAGCAGGUUAUGUCAACAUCGGAGUGGAUGUGUAUGUCCCCAAUCCACUCCAAUGCUAUAAAUGUCAAAAGUUUGGUCACGGUUCGAAAACCUGUAGACGCCCCGUUGUUUGCCAUCGUUGUGGUGGCAAACACGAGAGUGCGGAGUGUACUGAAGAUCUCAAAUGUUCAAACUGCGAAGGCCAACAUAUGGCCUCUUCCAAAUCCUGUCCUGUGUAUCAAACCGAGACCAAAAUACUGAAACUUAAAUGUGAAAAAAACAUCUCUUUUGCCGAUGCUAGAGAGCUUGUUGCCAGUCAGUCAACAGCUCCUUCAACUCUAAAUUAUUCUGCUGCUGUGUCCAAAUCUGCAAAAACAUUUUCAUCUGUUCUGUGUCAAACCGAUUUGACAUGGGUCAAUUCUGACCGACCUGUUACAAGUGCUUCUGUCCGUGACAUUCCAAUCUCUGACAGUAAAUCCGCAUCAUCACCGUGUUGUGUUCAGGCUGAAACACAGACUUCAUCUGAGGCAUCUCCUGACGAGCCAUCUGUUCAGGAGCGUAAAUUAUCCAAAAAGCAAAGGCAAAGGUUAAAUAGGAAACAAUCACCUAGCACCCUCUCUUCUUCGGAAGUGUCUCUUCAGAACUCCUUUAGUGCUCUAGACAUGGAGGUGACUCCAUGGUUAGGCACUAGUGAUAGGAGUUCAUCUUCCUCACGAUCACGUGAGAGAUCGCCAAUCGAGCCACCAUGA